UGGACGUUGCUCAGAAGUCUCAUCCUUCCUGUAACCAUAACAACAAGGAUGCUGGCAAUUACCCCAGUUGAUUGAUCCACAAGUAGCCAGUAAACACUUUUCGGGUAACAGUGACACAAUGUGAGGUGCGAAAAAGUCACGCUGCCUUACAUCGAGUGACCUGCCUCAAAUCUAAUUGGAGGAGGCAGAGGGGCUGUUUCUAAAAAAGGAACAUGUUCCCUGGAUGCAACCGGAUGACGCAGGGAACGUACGCUCGGCGUGGGUGUAUAAAAAAAUCCACGGCGGGCUCUGCUCGGCGCGCACAUGGCCAGAGGAGUGAGCCGGGCUCUGAGCUCCUGAUAUCCAUGACGAGUGAACCGAUACGAAAAUGAACACGGCCGAGAGGUUAACCCCCCUUGGCGGGCAUCCUCACCCGCCGCACCCAGACCUCAGCCCAGCGGUCCAGCAGAAGCACCCGAAGGUGUCUAAUCUAUCCAAGACAGGGUUGGGCUUCCUGGAAACAGUCAAGGGACGAUGGAGGCAGCAGGACAAGAGAGGCACGCCGGAGGAGGCCUGCGUCUCCGGUGAGGUUGCGCCGGGUGACAUCAAGCCCCGGAACUGUCAGAGAAUUGUGGUGCUGGGCGCUCCCGGUGUGGGCAAGACCAAUUUGGUCAGGCGCUUCUUGGGGGAGGAAUUCCAAGAGAUGUACGAGGCCACGGCGGAGGACUUUCACAGGAAGCUGUUUCACGUCGGAGACGAGACGUAUCAGGUGGACCUCCUGGACGCCACCAGAGAGAGAAACUUCCCGGCAAAACGGAGGCUUUCCAUACUGACGGGUGACAUCUUCCUGCUCGUCUUCAGUUUGGACAACAGAGAGUCCUUCAGUGAAGUUCGCGAGCUGCUCAGCGAGAUCAAAGUCGCAAAGACAAAGUUGGUCAAGUCCAAACGUCCGUCGAGGUUGCCUGUGGUAGUUUGCGGCAACAAAGUGGACCUGGACACUCAAAGAGUCGUCAGUCGGUCCGAUGUCACCGAGGCCUUGACCCGGGACGUGGCUUUCUUUGAGACCUCCGCCAAGCUCGGCACCGCACUGGAGGCCGUGUUCAGGGAAAUGGCGGACAUGGGCGGCCUGCCCUACGAGACCACGCCGUCGCGGCAUCGGCUCGUCUCCAUGAUGACCUAUCAGUCGCUGUGCCGGCGCAGCCGCGGACGGAGCCGAACGCCAGGAGAGGCCGCGCCCUGCGCCGCCGUGGACACUUUGGCGAGGCGUCCGAGCUUCGGCAGCGACCUGCGGCUUGUGCUUGGAUCAAGCGCCAAAGCCAACAAACCCGAGAGGUGUCCGAUUCAAUGAAUUGCGAACCCUCUCCGCAAAAACCAAUUGUAGUAGUAUGCUGCAAUGUUGUAUUUUGUAAGGAGUUAUACUCUGCAUAGCACUUGGCUGGACCGGUGCAUUCCUAUUUUUUGUACAUAAAAUGGUCACGUUAAAAACGGUUCUUUCUCAACAGAAAACGAUGCAUACUGUAUAGCCAUGCAAAUGACAUGAAUGUAAAUGUUUCAUGAAUACACUGAAAAUAAAAACGAGGAAGAAAAAAAAAC